GAUCUUGACUUUCUAGCGAACACUUUAGUCUUUUGAUUUUCCUUAAGUCAUUUUGUUUGUUGUCAUUGUGAAUUUGCAUUAAUUUGAAUUGUAACGCAUACGCCAUGGUGUUCGGGACAUUAAUUAUUGGUGCGAUCAUAAUCGCUUGCCUAUACAAACUAAAUAAGGAUUAUGUGGUGCUGACAUUAUUUACUAAGCGGGUACGAACAGUUGACUGCACUCCCUUGGAGAAUUCAGUGGCGCUCCCCAAAGGACUCACAAUAUUUGGCAAUGCCUUCGAUUUUGCAUUAGCCUCUGAAGGCAUGUUCGACUUCUUGCGAAAACUUGCUGCGGAAAUGAAGCGCAGCUAUCUACAAUAUGGACUAUUCAGAUCUUUCUACAACAUAAUCACCGCUGAGGAUGCUGAGCUAGUGAUGAAUGAUCAGAAAAAUCUGAUUCACAAGGGUGUUAUUUAUAAUUUUUUCGUGCCGUUCUUGAAUAGAGGACUGCUGACGUCAUCAGGCAAAAAAUGGUACUCUCGUAGAAAAAUGCUGACUCCUGCCUUCCACUUUAAAAUACUUACACAAUUUGAAGAGAUUUUUAAAGAAGAGAGCAAAAAAUUUGUGGAGAGUUUGGAAGCUAGCGAUUUAAGUUCUGUGACUUUAAACGAAAUUAUACCAAAAUUUACACUCAACGCCAUCUGUGAGACCGCAUUGGGUGUCAAAUUGGAUGAGCAAAUGAAUGCUGAUCAAUAUCGUGGCAGCUUCAAAAUGAUCGAGGAAGUAUUCUUGAUGCGAUGCCAUAAUCCGUUUUAUAUUAUAGAUUCCCUAUAUAAAGUAUUUUUAGCACCUAAAAUUAAGAAACACAUUUCAAUUGUGCAUUACUUCUCCAGUGAGAUAAUUAACAAGCGACGUCAAGCAUUCGCGGAAGAACUAGAGCAGAGUGAAGACAAGGAGGAUAAUCAAAGCUUCUAUACGAAAAAACGCUACGCUAUGUUGGACACACUCUUACGCGCCGAACGCGAUGGACUCAUUGAUCAUGUGGGUAUAUGUGAGGAAGUGAACACAUUUAUGUUUGAAGGCUACGACACCACAUCGAUGGCGCUCUUAUUUUCACUUAUGAACCUUUCACUAUAUCCAGAAAUGCAGGAGCGUUGCUAUCAAGAAAUACUUGAUUGCGUUGAAUUUAAGUUUAUUUCUCACUCGCCAACAGAUGACUUGAGCCAAUUGAAUAUUCAGCAGCUGUCCAAAUUGCAGUAUCUAGAGUGUUUCAUUAAGGAGACGCUUCGUCUAUACCCCUCAGUGCCAGUUAUAGCGCGUGAGGCUGCGAAUGAAACUCGUCUCGCCAAUAACCUAAUAUUGCCGAAAGGGGCUCAAGUAACCAUACAUAUAAUAGAUAUACAUCGAAGUGCUAAAUACUAUGAAAAUCCGAAUAAAUUUGAUCCGGAACGUUUUACAGCGGAAGCGUCAGCCGGACGACAUCCUUACGCGUACGUACCAUUCAGCGCAGGACAAAGAAAUUGUAUCGGACAAAAAUUUGCUAUGCUGGAACUUAAGACGAUUUUAGUUAACAUCAUAAAGACCUUUAAAAUUUUAACGCUAAUGAAGGAUCAAGAUAUAAAGUUGGAAUUCGGCAUGAUUAUAAGGACACCAAAUAUCAUUAAAGUUAAAUUGGAAAAAAGGAGUUUAAAGUUAUAGAAAGGAAAGAAAGAGAUUUUAGAUGAUCAAGCUAUUUGUAUUGAUUUCAAUUUGUUGUAGUUUUUUCUUUAUUUAAGUAUAUAAUAGAAUUCGGUAUACAUAUAUAUUUCUAUCACUGAUCAACAAACAUAUAAUGUUUUUAAUAAGGUCUCAAAAUAUUAUAAAUUGAAUGAGAUAAAUAAUUUUAAAAUAUUCUUAGUAAAAUGGCGCUAAAUAAAAGUUUUAUUUUAAAAUUA